GCGAGGGCUGAGUGGGGCCCCGGUGUGCUCCCGCCCCUAUGGGUAGCUGACUUCGCACGGCCUCUUGUUUUCUACACGGAGGCCUUUUCUUUGGAAGGGCAGGGCCUGCCAUGACACAAGUUUUUGCGUGAGGUGGAGGUUCACUCACUCACGCAAGAUACUAAAUUAAGAUCCAAGAAGGUAGUAUUUUUUUCUACUUUGUUCACUGCUGUAGUCCCAGAGCCUGGAAGAGAGCCUACACACAGAAAUCCUUUCAUAUUAUAGCUUAUUCAUACUUGUUCAUCAAGCCCUUUGAGUACUCAAGGGCAGAAUUUACCACUAAACAGAAAGAUGGAAACUGAAGUACAUUUAUUCUGCCAGGCAGAAGAAAAUAUUGAUUUAUCAGAGGAUAGCUGUAACUCUUUUGCAGCCAGCUUGCCAUCAAGAAAUAUUGACAGCAAGAAAUACAUAAGAUUUUCUCAAACAAUAGGGAAGAAAAUUUCACCUGAAAUUAGGAGUUUGAGCCCAGAACAUAAAAAAAUGUGUGAAGCAUCAAUAUUUCUAUGUGGAGAAGAAAAAUCCUUUGAUUUUUCAGGAGAAAAUAAAGUCAAGAGAAAGAAAAGUUUACAAAUACGACUGCAUAGUAAAAGAGCUGAGAUUUCUCCUCCCUCUCUGAAAAUGUCAAAAGAGAAGAUGACUAGGAAAGAAAACUCUUUAUGCAAGUUACCAAAUCAGUACAAUGUCCACAAGACUUCAUCAUCCCUUUGUACAUCUUCCUCAAUUAUUCGGAAAGAAAAAAUGUUUUCUAACCUCUACCUGACAUUAUAUGAUGAAGUACCUCAACGAUAUUCAGGCUCACAAGAAUUAAGUGCACUUCAUAAAGCCUGUAAAAUUUUUAGUAAAAUUCGAAGUGGUAAGAUUUAUGUGAAUGAUCUGCCAAUGAUCCUUUGUACCUUGAAGACUUCUGUAAGUGAUUCAGAAAUGCGACAGGCACUAAAGACCAUUGAUAUUGAUGUUAAUGGACUGCUGGAUUUUUCAAAUUUCCUUAAGGCUGUGAAUAAUGUUUCUUAUUCGGUCUCUCAGGAUCCAGCAUUCCAGGAUGCCUUGAAGAUUUUCUGCAGGAUAAAAGAUGGUCGAGUUGAAAUUGAUGAAGUGAUUGCUGUUUUGGAUAGCAUGAAUAUUCCUAUAAGCUCUGAAACUUUUCAGGAAGUGAUAAAACAUACUUAUGUUGAUGAUAACCACAUGGUGGAUAUUGGAGAUAUUGUAUUUACUUUGAAUGAGCUACUGCAGCAGUAUGAGGAUGUUUCAAUUAUGGAAGGGUCAGCCUUGGAUGACACAUCAGACAGAAAGUUAUCAAAUGUAGCAGAAGGCUAUCUACAAUAUAGGAAGAAAAGCAGCUUAUCUCCCAGACUACCUGAAUCUUCAGUAUCCAAAAGGCUAAAUAAAAAAAACCUUCAACAUCUACAUAGUAAAAUUAAAGAAGAGAGUGAUGACCUUGAAUUGAAAAGACCGAAAAGUACUUUGCAAAUAAGAAAAUUUCUGGAUGGAAUUGACAGUAGUGAUGUAGGAUUCCAGGAACCAAAUUCCAAGAAUGAACUAAAUUUUAGAAAACAUUUAGAGAAGGAUGAAAUUCAUGAAUCGAAGUCUAAACCACAAAGCUUCAAGAGUAUUACAAACCUCAGUAAGUCUCUGGAUAAAAGUGAUAUUUCUACUAUCUCGGAACUUAAGAAACCAGCAGUGAGAAGGCAUUCAAGUAUCCUACAACAGGUUUCAUCUAAGGAAAAGACUGCAGUUACUGCUUUGGAAAAUGCCUGUGAAGCUAUCAGUAAACUUCAAGAAAAUUAUAUUGUUGCAGAAGAACUUCAGUCCCUUUUGCCUUCAGUAGGAAUUUCUUUAUCAGAUAAAGAGUUCCAGAAGAUUGUGAAAGAUACUACUAAAAAUGAAAAUGGAAUGGUGAAGUUAGAUGACUUUAUAAGUGCUCUCUACAAGGAACGAAGUCUUCCUGAAUACAAUGUGUUGACUGAUGUUAUAAAUGCUGUUGACAAAAUUAAGGAUGAAAAUGUUGAUUCUGAGCACUUAAAUACUUGUCUUCAAAAUUUUGGAAUUUAUCUUUCCAAGCCAGAAUUUGAGAAGCUUACAGAGCUGACAGAAGCUGAUGAAAUCAAAAAAGUGAAUUUUAAAGAACUUGUCGAUACAAUGAUGACCAACACAGAACGCUUUUCUGAAAAAUUAUUAUUGUCUGAUGCUGUAGAAAAUUUCCACAAUCUCAGCAAGGAGAAGAUGGAUGUUUCUGAUCUAUGGAACACUCUGUCUGGUAUGAAUAGCAAUUUAAAGAAAGAUGAAUUUGUAGCUGCACUGAAACUAGCAACAGUUGAUGAGGGUGGCAAAGUACAGUUUGAAGAAUUUGCAAAAGUUGUAAAGAACGUGCAUGAUGCCUCUAGGUUUGAAGAUUUACAAGGAGUUGUCUCAGCUCUUGAUUUGCUUGAAGGUGACAUGAUACCUGGUGAGAAGUUGGAGGAUUUUCUAAAACAUAUUGGAAUUCAGGCACCUAAAGAAGAGGCAGAGAAAAUUCUUCAGUCAGAUUUUGUUUCUGAAGACAACAUGGUGAAUGUGAAAGAUUGUAUGAAGACUUUGAGGGACACCAAGAAAUUUUCCAAUUUUAUUGCAUUGAAUAAGACCAUGAAUACAUUGGACACCAUGAAAGAAAGUUGUCAGCAAGAUAAAGACAAAUAUUCAGAUGUACUUGAAAACACCAAUAAAUUAUAUUUUACUGAUGACGUUCUUCAAGAAAUAGUAGAUGACUCCAUCAUUGAGGAUUUUAGGAAAGAGGCUUUGUCUUCAAAUCUGAAAUUACCAAAGGUAAAUGAGAUUAAAGAAGCUGCUCAGAUCUUGUCACAUGUCGAUAAUGGCAAGAUUGCUAUACCUAACUUGGAGCAUGCCUUGAAAUGUUUGAAUGUUAAUUUAACAGAAGAGGACUUUAACAAAGCUCUUAAAAAUUGUGGUAUUAGUGAUAAUAUGGAGGUGGACUUAAAAGAUUUAUUAAUGGAAAUGAAAGAAAGUCCACAUUUUAAGAAGUCUGUGGCUACACAGCUACUCUUAGCUACUACCCAAAUUCUCCAGAAUAAUCUAAUUGAUGUCUCUGAUCUCAAGACAAUAUUGACCAAUGAUGGCCUUCAUACAGCUAAUGUUGUACUUAAUGAAGUACUAAGACAUGUACCUGAACAUGGUUAG